AUGAAUUUCAUCGAUGUUGGAGCAAAUGUUGGAACAUAUACAAUGUUCGCAGCUUCUUCUGGAAGAUAUGUAAUAUCAAUCGAAUGUUUUAAACCAAAUAUCGACCGAAUUCGUAACGCAAUUCAAAUUGAAAAACUUCACGAUAAAGUGACACUUCUAGGUAAUGCGAUUUACUCAGAAACUGGUCGUUAUUUCAAAAUGAAAUCUAAUCCAUUCAAUAUUGGUUCACAAGCAGUUAUUACAAAUAGUACAGCUAAUCAAUCGGAUUAUAACGAUAUUUUUGUCGUGAAAACUAUUCAAUUCAAUGAUAUUCUACCUGUAUUAAAAGCAAAAAAUAUUCAACAUGCUGUGAUGAAAAUUGAUAUUCAAUGGGCAGAAACGUAUCUUUGUCAAGCUGGAAAUCAAAUUUUUGAUUCAGUGAAUAUUCCUGUCAUUCUUGUCGAAUGGGAUAUUGGUGCACGUUUUUAUGAUCGUCUAAGAUAUCUUUUAAAAUAUUUCACCCGACGUGGAUACAUUCCAACUACCGAUAUGUGUAAUAUUUUGCCUGAAAGAGAGGCUCUUACAACAUGGCCAACGCAUUUAUAUUGGAUGAAGAUGAAUCUUUCCGAAAUUUGUUAA